AUGUCGUCCCACCGUCUCAACAUUGACAACAUCAACCCGCACGUCAAAGCGGCCCAGUACGCUGUGCGCGGUGAGCUUGCCGUCAAGUCCGAGGAGUUCCGGGCUGCCCUCGCCCGUGGAACCUCCGACCUCCCCUUCAAGCAGGUCAUCUCGGCCAACAUCGGCAACCCCCAGCAGCUUGACCAGAAGCCCAUCACCUUCUUCCGCCAGGUCCUCAGUCUCCUCGAGAACCCUCUGCUUCUCGAGAAGGAGGAUGUCCUCGUCAACCACCUCGGCUACAAGACUGAUGUCAUUGACCGCGCCAAGUGGUUCCUCAAGAAUGUCGGCUCCGUAGGAGCUUACAGCGCCAGCAACGGCGCCCCUGCUAUCAGACAGCACGUUGCCGACUUCCUCGAGAGGCGCGAUGGCUUCCCUGCCAACUGGCAAGACAUUUACCUCUCUGCGGGUGCUUCUUCGGGAGUUAACACCCUCCUGCACAUCAUCUGCGCCGAUGAGAAGAGCGGCAUCCUGGUGCCCAUUCCCCAGUACCCUCUCUACACUGCCUCGCUCUCCGUCCUGAACGCCACCUGCGUCCCCUACCUCCUCGACGAGUCCAAGAACUGGGGCACCGACAUCAACACCAUCAAGGAGUCAUACCAGAAGGCCAAGGACGCCGGCAUCGACACCCGCGCCAUCGUCAUCAUCAACCCCGGCAACCCCACCGGCGCCUCCCUUCCCGAGGAGGACAUCCGCGCCGUCCUCGAGUUCGCCCGCCAGGAGCGCCUCGUCGUCCUCGCCGACGAGGUCUACCAGACCAACGUCUUCAUCGGCGAGUUCAUCUCGUUCAAGCGCGUGCUCUGCCAGCUCCAGAAGGAGAACCCCGACGGCAAGUACGACUGCGUCGAGCUGGCUUCCCUCCACUCCGUCUCCAAGGGCAUGGUGGGCGAGUGCGGCCACCGCGGCGGCUACUUUGAGCUGGUCAACUUCGACCCCGCAGUCCAGGCCGAGAUCUACAAGUUCGUCAGCAUCAUGCUCUGCGCCCCCGUCAUCGGCCAGUGCCUGGUCGAGCUCAUGAUCAACCCACCCAAGGUCGGCGAGCCCUCUUACGAGCUCUACCAAAAGGAGUACCGCGGCAUCUACGAGGGCAUGAAGGAGCGCGCCACGGCGCUGCACAAGGCGUUCGAGCAGAUGGAGGGCGUCGAGUGCGGAGAGCCCCAGGGCGCCAUGUACCUCUUCCCUACCAUCAACCUGCCCCCCAAGGCCGCCGAGGCCGCUGCCAAGGAGGGCCGCACCCCCGACGAGUUCUACUGCAUGAAGCUCCUCGAGGCUACCGGCGUCUGCGUUGUUCCUGGCUCUGGGUUCGGUCAGAAGGAGGGCACCUCCCACUUCCGCACUACCUUCCUUGCUCCUGGUACCGAGUGGGUUGGCAGCAUUGUCAAGUUCCACAACGAGUUCAUGGAUCAGUAUCGUUAA